CAGAUACUACGGCACACAUUUGCAUGUUGAGGGUACUGAGUGUUCUGUUUUGAUGGCACAAAAGGAACCUAAAACUUAGAGUGCAUUUUUGGAGAUCUCAUGAAGAUCGCAACGACUGGAGCAUCUUCCAAUACAGCUUCCAAGGACAAAUACAAAAUAACCGGUGUUGAAGCUUCACAUAAAAUGGCUGAAUAUGAUCUGGAGAGGAUGGACAUGUACAAGCCCAUCAUCAUGAAUGUUGCCAGAGCUAAAAAGUUGGACCCAGCAGUGAUUGCAGGCAUCAUAUCGAGAGAGACAAGGGGUGGAACGCGUGCAUCGGGACUUAUUGAUGGCUGGGGAGAUGAAGGCAACGGCUUUGGACUCAUGCAGGUUGACAAACGUUACCACAGUCCAAAAGGAGACUGGGACGGUGAGGAGCACAUCCACCAAGCUACUGAUAUUUUAAUCCGUUUCAUAAAAAAAAUUCAGGACAAAUUCCCAGACUGGUCCAAGGAAGAUCACUUUAAAGGAGGAAUUGCAGCCUACAAUGCUGGCCCGGGAAAUGUUUGCUCUCAUGCGGAAAUGGAUUGCAAGACUACAGGGGCAGACUAUGCAAAUGAUGUGGUGGCUAGGGCUCAGUUUUUUCAACGCAAUGGAUACACACUGUGAUGCACUGCAUUACUGUUGAAUUUAUCUUUAUAUUGUACUGAUUGAUCAUGUGGAUAAUUUGAGGCUAUGCAUUUAUUCCUAAGCAUUAAUCAGAGUAAUUGUCAAUGUGUGACGUAAAAUGAGUAUCUGUCAGUUUUUGGUUAAAGGAAAUUAUCAGUGGCUUUGGCAUGAGGUGAUGGCCUUUUAUUUUUGCAGGCAUAGUUUGGCAAGGCAAGGCAUCUUUGUAAAUCAUUAUAAAGUACAACUUUGCUAUCAAGAAACUUUUCUAUCCUGAUGGGCAUGAUGUCUUUCAUGACGACUAUACACCCAUCCACAAGGCACGAUGGCUCAUUGAACGGUUUAAUAAGUACAAAAAUUAUGCAAAUAAAUGAUACAAUAACCAGAAACAUAUUUCUAUAUAAAACAGAUUGACAUGUACAGAAGACUUUGAGGACAGUGCUUGUGUGAAAAAUGGUAAUCCUAGCUGAGGUGACUAGCACAUUGAAGUGGUUUUCCUUAUUAGUAUCACUAACAAGUGGCUUUAUUAUAGCUUUCUUAACAGCUGUUUAGUUUAAAUCCUUUUAUCAUCACAUUGUAUAU